GAAGCGAAGGAUCAUGACUCAUGAUGGUGUCACUUCGAACUACAAAUAUUAGUAUCAGAAUAUUCCGAUAACGGUGCAGAUAAAUUGUGUCCCAAUUCAAAAGAAGCAAAAUCAAUCGAUAACUGGAAAUAAAGCUUUGUGUUUCUAUCUUUGAAUUAGGGUUCUAUAUUGCGAACCCUAAAAUUCCAGUUUUUUCCUAAUUCUUGUAGCCAUGGACUCUCCCGCUGCAAAUCACUUGGAUAUAUUCGAUAUCUAUAGCCGAUACUGUGAUAUCAUGUCAGGGGCAUAUGCUACCAGGAACCUAGUAGAUGAAUUGCAGAAAGCGAGAUUUACAAGAGAGGCAUUGAACCAGCUUACGAAAUUAGUGGAUUCAAGUUUGCAUAUAAGGGCAACUAUCUUUGAAGAAGUGUACAAGCUUAAGUUGCGGUUGAAUUUGGAGGCAGACUUCUCUGAGUUCUCGCGUUUCUAUGAUUUUGUCUUCUUCGUUUUCAGAGAAAAUGGACAAAAGAACAUAACUAUAAGCAAAGCUGUUACUGGUUGGAAAAUAGUUUUAGCUGGUAGGUUUCGGCUACUUGAUCACUGGUGCGACUUUGUUGAGAUAAACCAGCGAUACAAUAUAUCUGAGGAUACUUGGCAGCAAGUUUUGGCCUUCAGCCGUUCUGUGCAUGAAAAUCUUGAAGGAUAUGAUCGGGAAGGAGCUUGGCCUGUUUUGAUUGAUGACUUUGUUGAGCACAUGUACAGGAUUGGAGGAGUCGAUACUAUUUCUAACUCAUUUUGUUGUAGCUGUGGUGAUUCGGGAGCCCAGCCAUUUGAGGAUUCUUUCCCUGGAUUGAAAAAUUUUCCUGGUAUGAAGAGGAAAAAAUCUUGUGGCAAUUUACAAAGAGUAGAAGAAUCAUCUCAUGGACAUCCAGACAUGGAUGUGAUUGUCAAUUCCAAGAGGAGGAACAUUAAUUUUGGCAACCAAAAUGUUGACUGGACAGAAAACCAAUCACAUGGUUGCUUGGAAAUGGUUAAAGCAAAUAGCCCAUUAAAUCAUUCUGCAUCUCCAUGCGCUGUUGAAGGUUGUUUGUCCAAGGGUUUUGCGGGACUGUUGUCAGGCCCUUCAUGUUUGCAGUUUGAUAAAGAAAGGAGAACUUCCUAUACAUAGAAGAACGUCCGGUGAUCUGGAAAGAGUGUUAAUUGCCAUUGGUGAUCUCCCAAAUUCUAUUUCAUGCAGAUGGAUAAGCUUGAAGUGAAGUAGAACUGGGAAUAUGUAGGUUUGGUAUCUAGGAUUAUCAACAGAGCACAAUCAGAAAGUGGCAUCUUUGAUUUCCGGAGGGAAUAUGUAGGUGUGACAUGAGAAAGUAUUUUUUAUUUUUGAAAAAAAUCAAUUCGAACUGUAAUAUUAUAUCUGCCAGUGGGUAAUGAAUUACAGUCUCUUUUUCGGUAACAAUCUUUCUGAUGCUUAUUUUAAUCCUCUUGGGUGUGUCUAGGACGCAUGCCAUUUGUUGAGCAAA